AUGGCCCUCAUUAAAUGUUGGCCUGGUUCCCUGACCCCUGCUGCUCUGAUAUUUAUACUGCUUCUUCUCGGAAUUAAUAUCCAACAAGCGCAAGCGGCUAUUCCUACAUCUAAGCGUUUUGAUCUUUCGGAACCCUCCUACGAUCUUUGGCGCGGCAAGUCCUUGCACGAUGUGACUAUCCAGCAAGGAUUCGGCUUCGACAAUACCAAUCGCCGACUUUUCGUCUCCCAGCGACGCGAUGGUGCCUCCGGGACCUCGGGGGAUCUGUGCAUCACCCAGCUAGACUUCGACGGCAACUAUGUGGGAUACAUGCAUCUCACAGGGUUCGGACAUGGUGUCGCCUUCGGCGUCCAAGCAGUCGGAUCAGCAACCUACCUCUGGACAGAGGUAGAGGCCAACUCAAACGGAUACGGAAAAAAGCUCGCCCGGUUCAAGUUCUCCAGUGGAACUACACUUUCAUCAUCAUCAUCCUCUCUGAAAAAGUAUGCGCCUAUCUCCGGUGCCACUGAGUACACAUGCUCUACUGACCCAGUGAACAACCGGCUCAUUGUCCGCCACCACCACAGCGACGGCAAGCACAUCUCUGUGUUUGAUUUGGAUAAGGCUACGGCUGGGGAUUUCUCUAGCCCCUUGGCCAGUUUCAAGCAACCGUCGAUGAAUACAGCGUCGAGUGUUUUACAAGGAUAUGCCGCGUUUGGACAGUAUAUCUACUUCUUGUACGGCGAGUCUUACGAUGCUACUGGUGGUGUGGUCAAUUCCGACUUGACGGCUGUCAAUAUGAAUACGGGGUCUGUUGUGCAGGGUCCUACUAAAACAAAGGCCGGAUCAACAUUGGUGUUCCGUGAGCCGGAAGGAUUGGCCAUCUAUAAGACUGCUGGUGGGGAGGUCCGUCUGUUCUUGGGAUUCGCCUCUGGUAAGGCUGGUGAUCGGAGAUCGAACCUCUUCUACAAGAAUGCUUUGAUUUGA